CAGCAAUCAUCAAUGUUUGUUUACUGUUAGAGGCGCACAAUUCCGACAAAAGUGGGCCCCACUCUCCCCAUCAUCACCAACAUCUUCUUCCCCUACACUUUCCUCUUCUUGAUUUUCAUCCCACCACUAUUUCCAUAACUUUUUGUUUCAAAAAAAAUAUUGAAUCUUUGAUGCGUGAUACGGUUCAUUUCGGCGGCGGCGGCGCUGUGAAUUCCGGUGGGUCAAUGUCAGCUUUGUCAAGAGAGGAGAACGCCGCGACGGCGGCGAUUUCUUCGUCGGAGGAUUCUUCUUCAUACCCCGAUGAUGAUUCUGAGUUGGAGCUGGGCCUUGGAUUGAGUCUCGGUCGCGGUGGUGGAAAGCCGCCGCCGCCGCCUGCGGCGGCGGGCGGCGGAGUUGGUUCUUGGGAUCAGUAUGCAAGAAUCUUGACUGCUAAAGCCCCAUCUUCAUCUUCAUCAUCUUCAUCUUCACCGCCGGCGCAUUCUGCAGUCAGUAGUCAGGUUCGUGGAUGGCCUCCGAUCGCGACUCAUAGGAUAAACAGCUUAGUAAACCACACAAAAUCGCCAAUCACCGAAGAAAGUGCGUCGAACGUUGAUAAUAAACGUAAAAACAUGACUGUUGCAAUGGAUAAGAUCAAUUAUAGAAGCAGCUAUACGAUUAAAAAUGUUUCAUCGGAAAGAGGCACGACUCUCAAGAAAUCCUUGUUUGUGAAGGUAAACAUGGAUGGGGUCUCGAUUGGACGAAAGAUCAAUCUGCAUGCCCAUAACUGCUAUGAGACUUUAGGUCAGACGCUGGACCACAUGUUCACACUCGACGCAUCAGCUUGUGCAACAAGACGAUCGAAUGUGGAGGAGCAAGUUGUAAUAGGUGGUAGAGGACGACAUAUGAGAUUGUUGGAUGGUUCAUCGGACUUUGUUCUCACUUAUGAAGACAAAGACGGAGACUGGAUGCUCGUUGGAGAUGUUCCUUGGGAGAUGUUUCUGAGCUCAGUGAGAAGACUUCGUAUCAGGAGAACAGCCGAUGCUAACGGACUUGCUCCAAGAUCUCGUGGAAUGAACCGAGAGUGUUAAUAAUUGCCCCACAUAGAUAAGAUUCUAAAAUAUACGCUGAAACGAGCCUAGCUCGGAAUCAUCACAGAUGAAAUAGAGAUGCUAUAUAUAUAUUACAGAUGACAUUUGUCGAGGCGAAUAUCACUCGUGGUUGUACAUAUAGAUAUCAUACUUCAAAAACUGCAGCAUAUCACUCUUUUUCGUUUUGCUGCAACACGAACUGGUAAUGAAAUUUAUAUGUUUAAUGAAUUUA